UUCGACCCUAUAUGUGGAAUUUUAUUAGUUGAACAUUUUUUUAAAAAAAAAUGUAUUUACCGUUAAAUGCUUUUGUGUGUUUUAUUUGUUUUUACGCGGAGAGGCUUUUUUUAAAAAUUAUUAUUACGUUAGAAAUUUGAUUAAAUUAAAAACAAGCACAAACACCUUUAACCCGGAUGCAGAACUGAAAAUGCCAAACUACAUUUAAAGUCAUACAAAAUAAAUAUUAUUAAAUACCGUUGCAUUACAAAGUGUUAUUUAAUAAAUAGAAAGUUUAUGAAGCCGGCUGGUCCACGAUACUGACAUAAAGCUAAGUUUGUUUACUUGUAAAUUAUACUAGCCGUGGUAGGCUAGCAUCGCCAUGACGACCGGGGGACACGAAGUGGACAAAAAAGUUCUGGAAUACGAAACGUUUAUCACCGAAGUUUUAAAGCGAGACUUACAGAAAGUUCUGGAGCAGAGAGAUGAAGUUUAUGAGAAGAUUGCCCAGUAUCUACAGCUGAAGAAUGUCAUUGAAAGCUUACAGGAAUCUGAGAGCAAGGAGCUGACGACAGAUGUGGACCUCGGGUGCAAUUUCUAUGUUCAAGCCAAAGUCGAGGACUCCUCCAGGAUCUUUGUCUCUAUUGGUUACGGGUUCCUCGUUGAAUUCACCCUGCCAGAGGCGCUGAAAUUCAUCGAGAAGAAAACCAAGCAGCUGACUGAACAGACUGAAACUCUUACGAAGGACUCGUCCAAAAUUAAAGGCAAUAUUCGUAUGGUACUGGAGGGUUUGAGAGAACUCCAGAACUUGAGAGAUCUCCCCGUGGACAGAAGAAGAGAAGUCUUCUAAAGAGCCAGGAUCGGAGCUCAGAGGAAAACAAAAAAACAAAAAAGACUGCAAAGUAGCUAGCCCUUUGUUCACCAGUGUGGCCAUCGUGAUGCGAUAACUACUCAAAUUGAAAGAAUAGUAACACAAAAACAAACCAGACAGGUACUGUAAGUGUACAGCUAUGGACAAUUGUUUUGCUUCACUUAGAAUUUUAGGAUUGAGACAUAAUUAAAAAAUAUAUAUAUAUAUAUAUAUAUAUAUAUAUAUAUAUAUAUAUAUAUAUAUAUAUAUAUAUAUAUAUAAUAUUAAAGAAACUACACAAUUAUCUCAAAAGUCUAUUGUGGAAGUCAUAAUAGUAGUAGGGUAGUAUUUCGUGUUAGAUUUUGAAAUGUCUUAUUUUUCAAUUUGUGUCAGUGUGGGGGGGGGUGGGGGGUGCACUUUAGCGAGCGGAGGACAACGUACACAAACAGGACAGUCAAAAGCUGCAGUUCAAAAGCGUUUAUUUAGACCGAGCAGGUCUGGCAACAGGUUCCAGCGAUGGCACUUUGGAAGGAAUCUGUUCACAACACAGAGUCAUUUUCACAUCUCCCUGUGUAAGGAAUGUGGCUCAGCUCCCAUCUCCUAGUAUCCCCCAGCAUGACUAACUCCCUGACGCGCACACCGCCCCGAUAUACUCCAGAAUCCACCCCUUGAACCACUCGUGCAGGGAACAGGUGCCGCUAAUACAGCAACUCAAGCAAAUGGUGCCUGUAGAUCAGCUGUGGUUUUCCUCUACCAAGAUGGCGGACACAGUCGGACACUAGACUUAAGAUCCGUGCCAUCUUGGUAAGGAACUGGAGUUAACAUAGGAGGCUGAGGGAGAAUACUUCACCCUGCCACAGUGAUGCUAAAUAAAAGAUUAGAUGAUAUUAAUUUUGUGUUUUUUUUAAACUAUGUCUCAAAAUUAAAUUUUAGGGUGAGGCAAAAUGUUUGGCGGCAGCUGCACAGCAUGUAUUUUUUUUUGUGACAGAGGUUGCGUUUAAAAAUGAAAGUUUUAUGUCAAG